AUGCAUUAUUCUGCUUGUUCGGACGAUGUCGAGCAGCGAACGUAUCCAGCCUACCCGUACCCCUCACAAAUUGCGCCGAACUCUCCAUUUCACGCAGCAAAUUCUGGCUUGGGAAUUUCAUAUUGCGAAACAGGGCCUUCCAACAACUACGACCGACCGCAGUCGUCGGCCGAACUUUACCCUGCUGAUUGGACUGGCCAGUUGAUGCCUACGACAGUACCACUCGGCUACUCCUUCAACACAAGCCUAAUGACGCCAGCUACAUUAUGCGAGCCCUAUAUCGGUUCUGACGUUUCCACGUCGCCCCUUAGUUACUGCGGUCCACAAGCAAUGAGUGCUACGUCGAGUCGGGGAUCAGCUUUAGAUCUCAAGACGAUCCCGGAUACGAUGAACCCUCAGAUGUACAACCUUCUGCCAAAUACGCCUCGUUCAGACGCCGAUGUCAUGAUUAAGGAAGAACCCGACACUGAGUAUCUAGAUGGACAGUAUACAGAGAACACAAAGCCCGCGUCUGUGCCGCUCUUCGCCCCGGUGGCACAGCACGGGGCGAAUGCGUUUUGGCCCAAGCUCGAAUUUUCCGAGGAGGACGAUACUAGCGAACCGGCAUUGGUGGACCAUGAUCUUGAGUCCAACUUUUCAGGGCCUUCAACGUAUCCAGUCGGAGACUUCUCCCAGUGGACCAGUAACAAUACUUCGGCAGAUCAUGAGCAGCCAAGGAUUCCGCCUGCGAGCGGACGGGAAUGCACCAUAUGCGGCGCUCGAUUUACGCGACGAUCAAAUUGUCGGGAACAUAUGAAGAGACAUAACCCCAGCAACAGAAAGUCAUAUGCAUGCGAAAUCUGCGGAAAAGGGCUUGGCCGGAAGACGGAUCUAAAGAGGCACGUGGAUAGUGCAUAUAUCAGACGGAUGCAGACGAACCGGUCGGAGGUCAAGUGA